AUGGGAGUGACUCAGGAUAAAUGGAUGGUCAUUCCAAAUAUGAGUCGUACUAUUGUUUCAAAGUUUAAUGUGGUGUUUCUUAGUUUAUUGAUUCAUGGAUUCGCCGGCUCCUCUAACCCCGGCGCUCAAUCCAUCACUGCCGCUGUAUCCAAAGGCAAGAAUGUUGGCAAAGCUUCCGCCAAUGUUUCCGCCACCGCGGCCACCGAGUCUGCCCAACCUGCUCCCAAUUCUGCCGCCGAUGGUACAGCCACCGUUGCUGCCGCCAAGUCCACCGCUGUAGGUGCCACACCCACAACUGUUGGCCAGUCAUCAAUUGCUGGCACCACCACCAACACUUCUUCACCUUCAGCCGCCCUCAACGCCACAACUGCUGCCGCGUCCUCUGAUGCUCCCGCCGGGGAGAAAGAAACAGAAAAAGAAACCUCCAAGUCUCCUCCUCGCCAAGUCACACCUCCUAGCCCGCCUCCAAUGAAUGAUGGGCGCUCCAUGUCUUCCCCGCCUCAUCAAGAGGAGAGAUCCUCUCCUGCUGCUGAAGCUGAACGGUUGAAGGCUGAGAGUGAUCGGCACCAAGAAGCCGCUGCUGCUUGGGAAAAACGCUUCGACAAACUGGUGACGCAUGCGGGAAAGGAAAAAGUUCAUGCCGACAAGUUGAUUGGCGCGGCGGGAAACAGGAUCGGCGAGCUGGAAGACCAUCUGAAGCUGAUGAAGGAGGAGGCGGACGGUCUUGACGCAAGCCUCCAAGCUUGUAAAAAAGAAAAAGAUCAAGCAGAGAAGGACUUGGCCGCCAAAAGCGAGGCGCUGGCUGCCAAGGAGUCAGAGCUUAAAACAUUGGGCGCUGAACUGGAGUUAGCAAAGAAGGCGAUGGCGGAGCAGGAGAAAAAGUCCGCUGAGUCUUUGGCUUUGGUGAAGGCAGAUUUGGAGGCGAUGCGGGCUACUUCUGAAGAGAUCAAGAAGGCGAACGAGGCUCAUGGGGCAACCCUUGUCGCGAAAGAUGCUGAGAUUACUUCCUAUCUUGCGAGGAUCAAAGAGCUGGAGGGCGAGCUAUCAGUGGAGAAAGCCAAAGCCACUGAGGCGAUUAUCGAAUGA